AUGAUAUUUGCAUUAUUUUUAUGCCCUUUCUUUACAGCUUAAUAUUCGUUCCCAAAUAUUACACUAUAUAUGGAUAAUUUGAGUUUUAGAAAAAUAAUUACAAUCAAUGAAGCUGAGUUAUCUGAAGAGAGUUGUUUCACUUUUGGAAUAUGGUCAAAAUAUAGUCCAUUAAAUAUAAAAAGUUUUUAAGAUCAAAUUGGAAUGUUUGAAAGUAAUUGCUUCUAAUUAAUAAAUGUAAUGGAUUAUACAACAUAGACUUUAAAUUUUAUUUAUUAUGUUUGUCUUGAUUAUUCUUCUAAAAGAAUUGUCAAAACCAUAUAGUUUUUAAGUGAUCAAGAUAAAACAAUUCAAUUUGAGAAAUAUAUAGAUCCAUCUCAAUAUGAAAAUAUUUGGUAUUAAUUUUAGUUGAUUUCAUGGCCAAUAUUGAAGAUAGUAAAAUUAAUCAUCAUCUAAUCAGAUAUAAUAAUCUUCAAAGAAAUACUAGCUAAUAUUGAACAUUUCAAAGAAUAACAACUAUUAUUAAUUUUUGGAGAGAACUUGGAAGUAAAGAAAUCUAAGAUUCAUUAGAUUGAAUAAGGGAUGAUACUCUCUUUAUUUCCAGGAUAAAUUGUUGUAUAUGAUCCUUUGAUAGAAGUAAUCCCUGUAUCAUUUGACUUUGAAUAAUAAAUAAUUGAAGGGUUUUAAAGUCUAAGAUAAUGUAAUUGUUAUAACAAUGAAUAAGUGAACUUAGAAGACAUUGACUUAAAUAUUCUUGAUUAAAAGAUUUAUAUUUCUGAAAAUGUUAAUUGUGAUUAUUAUGCUUUAGGUGGUUGGUUAAGGGUAUAAGAUAUAAUUUAGAAAGAUGAAGAAUUUUCUUAUUACUUUAUGAAAAUGACAACAUAUUUAGGAUAAAAGCAAGAAUUCAUUGAAAAUUUAGCAUCAUUCCAAUUAGUUUAUUCAAUUUCUAAUAUUUAAGCAAAAAUAAUAAUAAUAACAUAUAAUUUUGAUUUUCCUAUUGUUUCUAAAGAGAUUUUGGAUGAUUCAUAAAAUAUAGAGACAGUAUUUUAGAUUUAAAGAGAUAUUAUUACAUCAUGGCAUUACUUAAUUUUAGAAUUAGAUGAUAAUUAACUAAAUAUUAAAAUAACUUUUUAUGAUUAUUAUAAUAAUAAUAUGUAAUCUUAUGAUGCUUAAGUUAAAGUAAGAUAAUUUCAUAAUUGUUAAUUUAAAUUAAGAUAUGGAAAUAUAAUAUAGAAUGAAUUAAAUUAUUUAAAUAUUGCAAUAAGAAAUUUGUAAUUUGCUAAUUGCAAAUAUGAUUAAAGGAUUAAGAAAUGUCAUUAUAGUUGUUUAGAUUGUGAUGGUUAGGGUAAGACACAUUGUUUGUCUUGUUCAGUUGAUUCACAAAGGAUAUAUCUACCUGAAUUUAAGCAAUGCAUUUGUCCAAUUAAUUCAAUAGAUUAUGAUAAUAAAUGUAUCACUUAUAAAGAUUCUAAUCUUUAGUUAAAAAUUCAAUAGAAUAUUGAUAUAAAAUGUAAAACAGGAUAUUUUGAAUUAGAAGGAGAUUGUAUAAGAUGGUAUAAAUAUAUUAUUUAAAAAUAUUUAGUCCUUCAAGAGUAAAAGAUGAUUAUAUUACAUGUUUUGAAUGUUUUUAAAAAGUAAAGGAUUGGGCUUAAGUUUCUAUUUGUUAAACUAUACUUUAAAUUCCUUAAUUAUUUUAACAUUUAAAUACUAUUAUCUUAAUGAAUUCUUUAUAGUAUUAUCAUGAUGGAUCUGAUUUAAUAUUAUGUGAGAAUUGUUUAUUAUUAAAUGAUAAAUUUUAAGAAUUGCAAAAUUCAAAUGGUAUUUAUUAAUUAUUUUUAUAAAAAUCUAUGAAUUUUAAAUCAUUUUGUUUAUAGAAGAUUGAAUUUGAUAAUGAAAAAAGAUGUACACUUUGUAAUAUAAUUGAUUGUGUCAGAUGUGGUAUUGAUGUUGAGAAAAUAAUAUGUUUAUAAUGCUAAUAGAAUUUUGUAUUAAUUAAUGGAAUUUGUAAAUUAUAAACUAAAACAUAUCUUUAUCAAUCUUGCCGACCUCCAUAUUAUGCAUCUUUUAAUAGAGAGUGUAAGAUAUGCACUAUAAAUAAAUGUUUAUAUUGUUUUGAAUAUUAUUAAAAUAAUGGAUAAGAUUUAAGUACUCUAGAAUUAAUUGAAUUUGCAAUAUUGGAAUAAGAAUUUAAUUCAAUAAAGAUUGGUUGUAUUUUAUGUUAAGAUGGUUAUAUUUUUAAUUUUUCAUUAGGAAUAUGUAUAAAUUAAGUACCAAGAAUAUAAUAUUGUUUAAUAUCUUAUGUAAAAUCAUUAAAAGAAAAAUGUAUAUUAUCAAAUUUGAAUAAUUUUCAAGUAUCCAGAAUAAUUAAUAAUUGUGAUAAUUUCAUUGUAAAUUGUUAACAAUGUGCAUUAUCUAAUUAUUAAAUUGUAUUUUGUAUAUAAUGCAAAAUUGGAUAUAUAUUAUAAGAUAAUUAAUGUUAUAUGAAUGAGGAAUUUGGAUUGAAUUAUCAAAAUGAUAUAUGGGAUUUAUAAGUUUAAGCUUUUUUAUUAAUUUAUAAUCCAGAACAUUAUCAAUAUUUUUAUUAAUAAACAGAAGAAUAGUAUUAUAAAUGUGGUAAGUUAUGUUUAAAAUGCAGAAAUUAAGAUUUGUAAUAUUUUUGUGAUGAAUGCAUCUUGGAAUAUAUGGAAGAUACAAUUAGAAUCUAGUAUGGAUUCUAUUGUCCUAUUUGUCCUCGUCUUUGUUAAGUUUGUACAUCUCGUUCUCUACAAGAAAUUAAUGUAAAUAAAAUAAUAUAUAAUAUUUUUAGUCUAUGAAUCCUUUUUUUUAAAUUACAGAAUCCAAUUCUAUAUAUACAUAAUAGUGUCUUUUACCUAUUAAAGAUCCUUUUAUAUUUCAUGAUCCUUAUAAUAAAACGACUUAAUAUUGUUUUGAUGGUAAUUGUCAUAAUGAAUUUUAAUUAAAUAAUUAUUUGGAUAGUUGCUUUUUUAGUAGAUUUCCUAAAACUCUUUCAUACUUCAAUAUUAACCAAGAGUAUUUUAAUCAUAUUGGCAUAAAUACAUUAACUUUUAAUUUGUUAUUUUAAAUACUUUUUGAACCCUGUUUAAUAAUGCCAUUACUCAAUCAAAGAGCAUCAUUAAAAAAAUAUAUCUUUUUGUUAUAAACUAUAAAAAUUAAUUUAAUAUCAUUAAAUCCAUUUUAUUUUGUUUUAACAAAUGGAAUAUAACUUGAAGAUUAUGAUUCUGUAUCUUUUAUUAAUUCUGGAUUUAUUUUUGUAGAAAAUUUAUAAGAAAAUAUUUUGUUGUUGAAUAGCAAUAAUCAUAUUGAUUUAACAUUGAUAAAUUGUACAAUAUAGAAUAGCAGUAUCAAUAAUAUCACAUCAGUAUUUUAUGCAUAAAAAUUUGGAUCAAUAAAUAUAUAAAAUUUUACAAUUAUUAACACAAUCAUUAAAAAUUCCUCAUUGUUUAAUUUAUAAUUAUUAUAAUUUGAAGGAUAAAUGAUUAUUUCUUCCAUAUUUAUUUAAAAUUGCACUUUUAUUGAUUCCUAAUUAUUUUAAUUUUCUAAAAGUUAAUAAAAUAUCAAAAUUCUAAAUUUGACUUUAGAUUCAUGUAUAUUGUAAAAUGCAUCUUUAUUUACUUUAAAUAUCAAUUACAUAGAAGAAACUAAAUUUGAAUUGAGAAACUUAAUAAUUUAACAAAAUUAUUUUUAUAAUUCAAACUUUCUUUUUUGUUCAUAAAUGAUUCAUAUAGAUUUAAAUAAUAUUAUCUUGAAUUUUAAUAAGAUACAUUAUUCAAUAAUAAUUGGAUUUAGUUAUAAUUUAUCAGCUAAUUACAUUAAAAUUAAAGAAAAUAUAUUUAAUGAAUCCUAAUUUCUAUAAACAAUUGAAGUAACAAAUGAAAAAAAUACUAAAUGUUCUAUUUCUGAAUUGAUAGUGGAAAACAAUGUAUUACAAAAUGUUAAUUUAAUUCAUAUAUUUUCAAAUUCUUAUUCAAAUAAAUUGUAAAUUUCUAUUAUAUUUGUACAAAUUUAAUAAAACAUUAGAUCCGUUAAUACAAAUUAAUCUAGUUAAAUAUUUAACAUUAAUAGCAAANCGACUUAAUAUUGUUUUGA